GGAUGGUGGCUCCUCAGUUUACCUGUUCCAGCCGGAGGAAGUGGGGUUGGAGUCGGAGUCUGGGAAGGAGUCUAAGGAGCCUGAGGAGGAGAAACCCAAAGCAGUCCUCGUCCACUCUGAUCGCUUCGGCAUGCAGGGACUGUACAAGCUCACCAUGGAUAUCAUUGUGAUGAUCCGAGUGUGUAAAAUGUUCCGCCAAGGCCUUAGGGGAUUCCGGGAAUAUCAGAUCAUUGAGACUGCUCACAGAAAGCACCCUAUCUUCUCCAUCUGGGAUGAUAGAACGCAAGGCCGAAUCACAUUUGAUACCAUGGACUUCGUUGCAGAGGAGGGUCACUUACCUCCAAGGGCCAUUCAGAUCACACAGAAGAAGCCUUCUUGGAGGACAGAGGAAGAGAUCCAGGCCCUCUGUAACCUGUUGCAGGCUCUGGACAGCUACCGUAAUUACUCAGAGCCCCUGCAGCUGCUCCUGGCCAAAAUCAUGCGCUUUGAACGGUUUGGUCGCAGGCGUGUGAUUGUCAAGAAGGGACAGAAGGGCAGCAGCUUUUAUUUCAUCUACCUGGGUACAGUGGCAGUGACCAAGGAUGAGGAUGACAGCAGUGCCUUCCUGGACCCCCACCCAAAGCUGCUGCACAAGGGCCACUGUUUUGGGGAAAUGGGCCUUCUGACUUCUUCAGUGAGAAGUGCCACUGUGGUCUGCAUGGAAGAAGCUGAGUUCUUGGUCGUCGACAGAGAGGAUUUCCUUGCUAAUAACCUGGACAAGGAACUUGAGAAGGAUGCUCAGCACCGGUUUGAAUUUUUUAGGGAGAUGGAUCUGUUUCAGCCAUGGUCUGAUGAGAAGCUCUGGAAGCUGGUAAGACUGGGGAAGAUGGAGAAGUUCUCAUAUGGGCAGCUGAUUUCAAAAGACUUUGUAGAAUCAUCCUUCAUCAUGUUUGUCUGCAAGGGCAGCUGCGAAGUCCUGCAGCUGAUAGAUCUUGGGAACUCGCCUUUCUACCACAGGUGGGUCUGGCAGCAUCUGGAGCUGAUAGACGAUGGAUCUCUAAAGAGCCACUUCAAAGAACCUUCUCUUGCGGAGAGAUUUAAGGAAUUUCAGAUCAAUUUAUAUCCUGUACAAGACUUCAGCUCUCUGAAACUUCUGCAUCUUCAGAAAGCCUGGGAGCAAAAGGGGACCAGCUUCAGUAGGAAGAUUAAAACCUCAGAAAAUUGUCUUCCAAAGACCAUGGGUUCAAAGGUCAAAUCCAGGCGUCCUCAUUUGAUUGAAUUUUCCAUGAUCAAUACCAAGUGUGGUUAUCUCCCCAAGGAGGCUGCAGUGGGGGCUUAUGUCAAGAUCCAUACUGUGGAGCAAGGAGAAACUGUGGGCCUUCACCAGAUCCUCCUCCCAGAGAAUCAACAGGACACACGGCCCUUGAUCCUCAUGAGCCUGGGAGCUGAGGUGAUCCAGAUGAGGAAAGACAAAUUUUGUGAACUGAUUGACAGUGAGAUAACAGAAAAGUUGUCAGAGUUCAACAUCCAGUAUCCCAGUGAUGAAUAUAUGUGCCAGAAGUUCCUCAAGGAGAACAGCUGGAAUAUCUUUCGGAAGGACCUGAUGCGGCUGCUGGUGAAGUCUCGCCAACGGCCACCAUUCAGUCCAGUCCAGCCCAAGAAGAAAGGGAUCUACAACCCCAAGUCUCUGACACUGAAUUUGUGUAGGUCUGACAAGAAGACUGAACCUCGUUGUCCCAUUUUUAUGGCACCCCAGAAAUACCUUCCCCCACUGAGGAUUGUCCAAACCAUCAUAGCACCCCGGUACAAAAUCCAAGAACUCCUGCCUCAGUAUAAGAAUGCGGGGGUCCUUGUUUAAACCCAUUAAAGGAUGUUGGGUUGGUCACCAUGUUUCCUGAAUGACCACCAUGGG